GUCGAUUUUCAUACUAAAUUAGCGUUUAUCGAUCGCGAUCAGGUGACUAGGUUGAAACAAAAUUCGCUGCCCGAUUAGAGUUACAGUUUGAACUCGUCAGUCAAUUACCACAAGACACGCUACGAUGAUAGUCGACACUGCGUCGAUAAAAAUUAAAGACCCGCUCGUGUUGACCGAACGGAUUCUCUCGUUAGGCGGAAACUGGCCAUCGCAACGCACUUAUGUGUUGUUCAAGUUCACGGUUGUGUAUUUCUGUUUGCUGAUGGUGUUGCAAUAUUGGGAGCUGACUUACUCCGUGGGCGACCUCACCGCCACGGCGUUGAUUUUGGAAGAAACUAUCGUUACUACGACUAUGUACUUUGGUUUUCUUCUGUUAGCCCAAAGUAGGAAACAAUUAGAACAAGUGAUCACAGUGAUGAAGGAGGACAUCGCUAGUGACGCGACAUUCGAGAACGACGAGGAGAAGUAUUUGUACUUUAGCUACAACAUCAUAUCCCAACGCAUUGGAAAAUGCGUGGCUUUCUUGGCAACGUUUGUCUCUAUACUGUUGUACCUGAAUCCUGCGAUACAGUUACUCUCUUCGUUUGUUCGAGGUAAUUUCAGUAAUCCCUACGAGUUGCCUUAUCGUAGUUACGUGAUGUUUGACUAUAGAAAUCCCGAACUCUACACACUGGUGUACAUUUUGCAAUUCCCCAUUAUUUACGUACCAGUGUAUCACGGAGGGGAAGUUGGCAUGAUAGUUAACAUGGUGCUGCACCUGUGUGCCAAAUUAUCGGUAUUGUCCCAUCGUAUUCGAAAUAUCCAACCGAAACACUUCAACGACGACAUCAAAAAGGUGGUCAUCGAGCAUUUGAAGCUGACGAAGUAUGUAUACGGGUGUUCGCGUAAAAUUCUCGUUUUCUUUUCAAUUCUAUUUACAGCUACAGUGGGUCACAAAUCCCAGAAGGUUGGAGAUGCAUUUUACAAUAUCAACUGGCCAGAGGUAAAUUGCAACGAUAGAAAGGCAUUAUUGACGUGUAUAGUGAAUGGACAAAAAACGAUGCACAUCACGGCCGGAAGAUUUUAUGUAUUCUCGUUGUUCGGUUUUACUGGUAUUAUGAAAACUUCUAUGGCGGGUUUCUCUAUGCUACGAGCUGGGUUAUAAUAGUAACAUGGAAAGCGUGCAUCGCGAUUAAAGAGAUUUUCGACUGGAAUAAUGGC